UCUAUGGCGACGGUCGCUGGACAAAAUUAUUGCCCGGGCGGCGCGGCGCUGGACGAGCUCCGCUCGCGCACGCUCGCGCAGGUUGUUGUUGGUCGUUGGGGGCGUUCCACGCGGCGGCGAGCGGCGUGCUCCUCCAGCAGACACGACUGAAGAAGGCGUGCCGGCAGGCCGUACCGGGCGUGCUCUCCUGAACAGACGGCUGGACUACCUCUCUCUCGCCAUGGACGCCAGCCAGCAGUUCUGUCUCAAGUGGAACAACCACCACAGUAACCUGCUGAGCGUCUUCGAGACCCUCCUCCGCUCAGAGGCCUUCACCGACGUCACCCUUGCUGUCGACGGCGCCAGCAUCAAGUGCCACAAGAUGGUACUGGCGGCGUGCUCGCCGUUCUUGCAGAGUCUACUGGCGGAGCAUGUGACGGCACAUCCGAUUGUCGUCCUGAAAGAUAUCCGUCUUCACGAGAUGCGAGCGCUGCUGGAGUACAUGUAUCGGGGCGAGGUAAACGUGGCCCAAGAGCAGCUGGCCUCGCUUAUCAAGGUAGCCGAGACGCUGCAGAUCAAGGGUUUACUCGACAUGGGCCGAUGGGAGGCAGAGAAGACGGGCAGUGGCGAGAGGGCGACAAUUGAACCUCGCCAGCCCUGUCCCGACUCGAACCGGCACUCUCCGGAGCUGGCGCAGCCCAAGCAGCCACCUCCUCCUCCGCCACCAGUGGAGGCUCCGCAGGUGUCCGCGCCCCAGCCGCCGCCGCACCCCCUGCACCCGGCGGCGGCGGCAGCGGCGGCAGCAGCGGCAGCAGCCGCCGCGGCCGAGCUGCAGAAGAAGAAGCGGAAGCCGCAGGAGGUCUGGUGCGAGAGUAACCCGAUCCUGCGCACGGUGCUGGGCCACGGCGGCAUGUCGGCGCUGGAUGUGCCCUCGCUGAUGGCCGCCGCCAUGGGACGCGAGAUCAUGGACCGGGAGUUUGCCGACAGACAGGUGAUGUCCAGCACGGGAUCAGAGGAGGCCCAGCCGACGCCCGGCACGCCCACCAGUGAACCGGACAUCGACAAGAUAAGCAACGGCUCGGUAGGCGAAACUCCGCCUCCACAUUGGGAUUACAACAUGUCGGCCAGCUACAUCAACAACUACAUCAACUACGCACCGACGCCGAUGCGUCCCGAGUGGAAGCGCUACAAGCAGUACAGCAAGUCCGACCUGCAGCAGGCGCUGGACGCGGUGCGCGGAGGACUCACCGCUCUUCAGGCGUCUCGCAAGUUCCACGUUCCGUCCCGCACGCUGUACGACAAGAUCAAGAAGCUGGGCAUCCCGACGAUGCCUCGUCGCUACCCGCGCUCUGUGACUGCCGUGCCGCCGUCCCAGGUGCCCGCCUUCCCGACCCCACCGCCGCCGCCAGCCGCCGAGGACGACUCCAGUCAGCAGAGCGGCGGACACCGCACCAACGGCAGUAGCGGAGGGGGUGGAGAGGCUGAGGGACAGCGGCAGCCCAUGGAGCUGACGGUACCCCGUCGGCGCCCCAGCGGAGGCGCGGAGAGGGAGGUGGGGGAAGAUGGUCUGAAGAGGGACGCCGCCGGUCUGUGCGCCGCGCAGCUCACCAACGGCCCACCGGGGAUGCCCGGCCUGCGUCCGAUGACUGGCGUGACUCCCGCCGUCUUCCCUCCGCCCGGCGAUGAAGAGGACCGGCGGCGCGCCAAUGGCGACGCCAGCGGCAUGCAGCGGCAGCCGAUGGAACUAGUAGUUGGUAGGCGGCACCCCAGCGGCGGUCUGGAGCGGGAGCUGGGGGACGACGGGCUCAAACGGCCCCGGGAGGAGGCGGACGACGCCCGGGAGCUGGACGUGGUGGCCUAGGUGGUCUGCAGGAGACAGACGCGGUCUGUCGGUACACCCGCCGACCGGGCCAGAUAGUGAUUUAGCAACGGAGCAUUCCAGGGAUCCGUGUCUCCAGCUCACGACAAACGUAACCAUAUCAAAAAAUGCGCGGCCGCCGCGGGCAGGCGGCCGGUGCGGCUAUUUAUCGUAGAGGAGGGCCAUUAGCAGCCCAGGGACGGAGCACCCACUCGGGCAGAGCUCCUGCACUGUACAAAUUGUCGCGUGCAAUGCCGAUAGCACGGUGCAAGUCGGCAUCUUUUGCUCAACGGAGAAUCAAACUAGCCGCAGGGCGGUCACUGAUGAUAUUCCUCAGACAGUGUCUGCUGGUUUUGUAAUUUUGGAUUUCGAAGUGGUUCUUUGGUAUUGCCACCGUUUCUUUCGGAAAUACUCGUAUUUACAUUCUUGCCACUACAAGGGCAAUAACGGCAGGUCCAUUUUGCUAUGCAAUGUUACGUUUCUGUUUAGUUACUCAUGUAUAUCAUGUCGUUAUUCAGAGCCCUCAGAUCUUGCUAGCCCGAGCUGUGUUUACAACGAUGUUCUGGUGUCUUCCUGUCACCGGUUACCGAGUGAGCUGCAUUGUCCGGUGCGGCGCAUUGCGGACGAAUGUCGAGAUGUUUUGUUAGUUUGUAGAACGAGCCGUGUGCUCGCUGUUGAUCCGUUUAUCUCUAAGUGUGCAGAGCACCCAACUCAGCCUGCCUCAGGCCGACGAGUCCUGAGCGCUCCCAGAAAUCAAAACCUCCGUCGCUGAUAUUAUGUCGUGAUAUUUUAUUAUAUAUACACAUAUACGCGUUGUCGGGACGACGGCUCGCGAGCGGCGGUCUCCGAUCCGAUAUUACCAUGUAUCUCAGAGAUUAGUGCUGGGACGGCGGACAGGGGCCGUACCCCGCCCCUCGGGAGACUGCACCGUCUAUGCAUUGGCUGUCUGUGGUCUGUCGUAGUCGUGGUGCGCCGCGCGCAAGCUGCUCGCUCACUGCCGCACGUGCACUGGCCGUUUCUGCCUGUCUGAUGCGAUGUUUUGUUGUUUUUGAUGUACUGUUGACUGUGGCUCUGAGAGAUGCUGUUUGUGCACUGAUAGUUUGUUCUGAAGACAUAGGCUGUAAGUGACAUACCAUGCCUGAAAAUAUGCACCACUAGACGAGCAGCGUGAACUGCGUCUGUACGGGACUGACGCAGCGGGCUUGCGUCGCUACAUUCCGCUUUGUAUCACGUUUGACAAGCCCAUGUGUGAGUGUGUGAAUGUGUGACUUUGAGUGAGUUUGAAGGGGAGCUCUCCUGUGACCGAAGGUAGUAGCUGGUGCGCUGUUCUGUCGGCCUCGCGCCGUGCCGUCCAAGGUAGAUUGGUCACACCAGGUCCGGCAACCAGUCGCAGCUAGCCGUUAGCUAGCCGGCUAGCCGGGGCGCAUAGCCGGAGCGGCAGGAGAGGAGGAUAUUUUUGUUACUGCCAGUUGCGUCCACGGCACAGAGGUCAGCUGUUGUCUGUUAUUUACUUGCUAGAACUAAUUUAUGGGAUUGGUGUAGAUACGGUGUAAAUAAAUGCGUCCGUUCUUA